AAUAAUACAGUGGCCCUCUUUAUAGGGCGAGUCUUUAUAUUGUGGUAUCGUCAAAACCCAAGCGCUGCAUUUUAAAAGCAAUUAAAAACAGUGUAACACCAGAGUCAACUUCAGAGCCCAGACACUCGAUCGCUCCAGCCCGCUGAUCGCCGAUCGAAUCGAGCGAGGCGGUGUGUCAGUGCGAGUGACUGAGACUGAGAGCCCGUAUCCGCCGCUAGCAACCGCAGAGAUUACACAGACACCCGUGGGGAACACACGAUGAACCGCUUCAGAGCAUCCAAGUUCAAAAACACCACCCCGAAGAUCCCCAAGAAAGAUGAGUGGAUCAGCAAUGUGCGGGCUGGCUCGGCUGCCUCCUGUGGGAACCACAUCAAAUCCAGCUGCAGCCUGAUCGCCUUCAACACGGAGCAGGGCGGUGGCGGAGUGCUGGGUCUGGUGUCUCUGGACAGUGGGAAUGAAGAGAAGCGCUCUGUGUCUCAGCUGCACUGUCACGCAGACCUGGUGACAGAUUUUGACUUUUCUCCGUUCGAUGACUUCCUGCUGGCUACAUGCUCUGCUGAUGAAACUGUGAAGGUGUGGCGGCUGCUGGAGCCUGGCCAGACCGUGCCCUCCUCCCCUGGGGUGACCCUGAGCCCCGGGAGGGGGCGAGUCGAGAACAUUCUCUUCCACCCCACCACCGACGGAGUGCUGGCCGCCAGCGCAGGCGGGACUGCCACUGUCUGGGACGUGGCUCGGCAGAGUCAACUCGCAGCCCUGGAGGAUCACGGAGACCAGAUUCAGAGCCUCUGCUGGAAACAGGACGGCUCCCUCCUCGCCACGUCCUGCAAGGACAAGAAGCUGCGGAUCUUCGACCCCAGGGCUCAGCUGACACCUGUGCAGAGCGCUCAAGGCCAUCAGAACAACAAGGAUUCUCGAGUGAUCUGGAUCGGAGACACAGACAAUGUCCUGUGUGCUGGAUUUAACCAGAUGCGGGAGAGGGAGGUCCGGGUAUGGGAUGCCAGGAAGAUGGGUUCUUCGGUGGGCUCAGUGUCGCUGGACACCUCCUCUGGUGCCCUCUUGAAAAGGGAGAUGCAUGUCUCCGAGCGCUUUUCAGAUGGUCCCUUGAUGAUCAGGUUUGACCAGAGAGACAUGAACCCCAUUCAGAGCGAGCCUCCUCCCCCCCCGGGACCCUCUCUGUCUGAUGACGUUUCUUCAGCAGGCUGUUCUCGUUAG